AGAUAUGAGAUGAGGGAAGAGGGGCAGAUAAUAAUAUCAUCGUCAUCAUCAUCAUCAUCAUCAUCAUCAUCGAUCCCUCAAUUCUUUUGCUGUGUGUAAAACAAGACAAAAGGGUGCGUGGAUCUAUUUCAUCCCACCAUUUCCAGAUUUUUCAUCUCUAUCCCUACAGGGUUAGGGUUAAGGGGGACAGUAGGGUUAGGGUUAAGGAGGACAGUAGGGUUAGGGUUUGUUUGCCUCAUGACUUGCUUCCCAUCAGAUCUGCUUCAAUACUCUUCUCUUACUGUUGGGUGAACCUUCUCUGUUUCCCUUCCUUUCCUUUCUCUCAAUCUCCCUCUCCCUCUCCCUCUCCCUCUCUUUCUCUAUCGAGGAAUGGCUUCGUCUAUGCGUCCAGAUCCGAGCACCAGAAUCUGGCCGGAACCCCAGAACAGUCCACCGCCGGUGAUGAUGAUGGCAGAGGCCAUCGACCACUUCGACCGCUUGCCGGACUCUCUGCUUCUCCUUGUUUUCAACAAGAUCGGAGACGUCAAGGCGCUGGGUCGCUGCUGUGUUGUUUCGAGACGCUUCCAUACCCUUGUACCACAGGUUGAAAACGUCGUCGUUCGGGUGGACUGCGUUAUUUCCGAUGAUGAAUCUUCCUCCGCCGCUGGUUCUUUGGAAAAAUCUCGUGGACCUUUUUCGCACCUCUUUCGCCUGGUGUUCGGCGGCAUUGUGAAACCCCUCCAAGCCCUAGGCCAGUUCUUAGGUCCCAAGAGAUCCGCCCCAACGACCUCUUCUUCUCUCGCCGUAGGCGGUGGCUCCGAGGAAGAUGGGGACGUUGAUCAUCAGACUGGUGGAGUUACGCACCACUCGCCCACUCAAGUGUUGAAGAACUUCAACGAGAUUCGAUUUCUACGCAUCGAGCUUCCCAGCGGCGAAUUGGGGAUUGAGGAUGGGGUGUUGUUGAAAUGGAGAGCGGAUUUCGGAUCCACACUUGACAAUUGCGUGAUUCUGGGAGCGGCAUCCGUGAUUUGCCCAGGCCCCACAAAGGGAUCGGGGGUUCAGGACAGUGGAAAUGAUGCUUUUUGUGUUAGCAAUGGCGGAGAUGAUAAUGGAAGCAUUCCAGAGUCGUUUUACACAAAUGGAGGUCUGAAAUUAAGGGUUGUUUGGACGAUUAGUUCUUUGAUUGCUGCCUCGGCGAGGCAUUACUUGCUUCAGCCAAUAAUUGCAGAGCAUAAGACGCUGGACAGUUUGGUGUUGACAGAUGCGGAUGGGCAGGGAGUUCUGUGUAUGAAUAGGGAUCAGUUGGAAGAGUUGAGGGUGAAGCCUUUGUCGGCAUCAUCUGCAUCAAAGAGGACGCUUGUGCCUGCACUCAAUAUGAGGCUUUGGUAUGCGCCCCACUUGGAAUUGCCCGACGGUAUUGUGCUGAAGGGAGCCACAUUGGUGGCGAUUCGGCCAAGCGAGCAGUCAGUGACAAAGAAGGAGGUGUCUGAUGGAUCUUGGGUUUCAGCUGCAUUUGAGGAGCCAUAUGGGACUGCAGCAAAGAUGUUGGUGAAAAGAAGGACAUACUGUCUUGAGAUGAACUCCUUUUGAGAAUAGUGGAGGAGAAGAAUGAGGGAAUGCACAAUGGCAGAAGGAAAAGGGGAUUUGCUUGUUUUUGCAGGGCGGGGAAUCAGAGAACACAAUUUUGGUUGGGUUCAAUGUACCAUCAGAUGGAAUCAAGCUACCUCUGAGAUGCCAAUCCUGGGUUAAUUGUGCACAACAAAUCUUUCACCAUCUGUGCUUGCUUGAACUGGAGGAUAAAAUGCAUUUGCUUUUUGGUUUUAUUUCGGGCAUAUGCUUGUGAGCAUGCACACAUGCAACUAGAUGGAUGUUGUAAGAGCUUUGAGUUUGUAGUCACUUACAUUUAUUAAUCAUCUCCAUAUAUGUGAAUAUUGUAGGUAUGAAUAUUUUAUGCUUAUGUGAUAUACUUUUGAAAUUCAUUCAGAAGUGUAUUUUGCCUUUA